GUAUAACGCCUGUAACACUACCUAAAUGACAUGUUAGAAAAAAAUGUGAUUACUUUGCCCUAAAUGAAAAUAUUUUAGGACAAAAUAUCCGUAAAACAACAAUUGGAACGUAAAACAUGCUGAAAUUAUCAACCAGUGGGAAACUCCUUCUGGAGACUAUUAAAACGAAGCAUCCUUUCUACGCUAGUAGAUGUUUUUGUUCUGUUUCAACUGACGCAGAAACAAAUCUGUCAUAUGACAAGAAUCCUGGGCCUGUGUUUUUACGAAAAGAUGUCCAAAAAUUGCUAGGGUCAAUCACUAGACUCGAAUUGGACAAAAUAUUCCGCAAACGCUCGGUUAAAGACAACACCGUAGAAUACAAAUUCAUGACGGACGAUCAGUUGCGUGAAGAGGUAAAAAAAUCGAUUGGUCUGGCUGGAAGGAUGCUCCAGAUGCCACCGAUUGUCCACGAAAUGCAAGACAAUCCCCGAGUGUUGGCCAAAGAAGGAGCUUUAAAGGGUUUUUCCGAUGUUAAAAUAGUGUUCACAGAUAUUACUCACGGAUUGAAGAACAGCAAAAGAACGAUUGUGGAACGAUUAACGGACGGUACACUGCAGGAAGCAUCCUUCGAGACACGGAAGCGUUUGAAUCAGAUCUAUUUUCCAUUAAAAGGAAGGCACAUUAGAAUGCCAAGUAUGUUUGAGGCCAGCGAACUUAACAAAAUACUGGCGGCGGGUGAUCAUGAAUUCAUUCUGGAUCGGGCGUGUAUCCAGUUCGAGCCUUAUGAAAAAGAUUAUCACCGUGUGACUGCCACUGUGUACCAACACGUGAACGAGAACAAAUUAUUUGAUUCGCUGCGAUCCACCCGACAUUUCGGACCAAUGAGCUUCUUUUUGACGUGGCACCGUUCAGUGGACGAUUUGUUGUUAGAUAUGAUCAAGAGAGAAUACUUUAGAAACGGCGUCGAGCUUAUUGUACUGUAUUGUACACUUCAUGAUGUAAAAGUGAAUUUGGACAGCUUCGAGCAAAUAAAGCAGCACAUCCUCGGCACAGAAUCACCGGCUUUUGAGUUGGAAGAUAGAACCACCGAACAAUUGCAGCAAGAUGAGAAAUAUCUUUCACUCAUCGAACAGUUCGUAAUCGAGCAUUGUUUGAAAAAAGUACAACUCAAUCUGGCAAUUGCAACAGGUCGAGAAAUGCUUCACGAACGAAUGCAGCUGGCUGAAGGAAUUCGGAACAUGCACGGUAGACAAUAAAGCUUUUGAUAAUAUAUAGAUAAGAACUAGAUACAAGUAAUAAAAAGAUCCGUGGAA